AUGGCCCCCAAUAAUUUAUGCAAGGUGAGGUAUAGAGUACACCCUCCUUCAAGACAGGUGACUCCGGAGGUAUGCCCGGAAUCCGUGGAUGAGGUACCGUUAGCUCGCGUCACUUGGGGUAGGCCGCUAGCACCGACCGCUAGCUCUCUUCCAGCCCGCGCUUUAUGGCGCCCCCUCCCCCCCAUCUUAUCGAUCAUCAAUUUAAACCCAAUUGUACCAUUCAAGAAGACAUUUCCACAGGCCAAAUUGGGUCGUCAUGUAUCACCAAGUAAACAAUUUGGACAGCUGGAUAUUGUCAAGAUCGACAAUAUAUUCAAGAUCAAAGGUACGGCGGUAGAAGCUGCAAGACGACUGGUUCAAGAUGAGAGGUACGGCAGAGUACAAGACUGCACCACCGCCCUUGGCUACACGUGCACCUCCGGCUCCCAAGGGCAGUGGCAGCUCCGCCGGCAGUUAGCAUGCACAAUGCCUUCCUUCCAUAAUAACACUCUUAGGCUAUCCCAUGUUUAA